AGCUGCAGGUUUGGCUCGAAGUACCAGCGCAAAAUCCUUUCCUUGCAUUUCAGAAAAUGCCGGCCAAGCUGAGCAUUAAUGAUGUGGAUGUGGCUGGCAAGCGUGUCUUCAUGCGGGUCGACUUCAAUGUUCCUCAGGACAAGGCCGACCCCACCAAGAUCACAAACACUCAGCGCAUUGACGGUGCCUUGCCGACCAUCAAGAAGGUCUUGGAGAAAGGUGCCAAGUCCGUGGUUUUGGCGUCUCACCUGGGCCGGCCCGAUGGCUCUGUCGUUGCAAAGUAUUCCUUGGCACCCGUGGCCAAGAUUUUGGAAGAGAAGCUCGGCAAGCCGGUGACCUUUUGCACCGACUGUGUUGGGCCCGAGGUGGAAGCCACCUGUGCGGACCCUGCCCCGGGCUCCGUGAUCCUCUUGGAGAACUUGCGGUUCCACGUUGAGGAAGAGGGCAAGGGAGUGGAUCCGGAGGGCAACAAGAUCAAGGCUGACAAGGACAAGGUGAAAGAGUUCCGUGCUUCCAUCAGGAAGUUGGCGGACAUCUACUGCAACGACGCUUUCGGCACUGCCCACCGUGCACACAGCUCCAUGGUGGGCGAGGGCUUUGACGUGAAGUGCGCGGGUGAUUUGAUGGGGAAGGAGUUGGAAGCCUUUGCAAAAGUCUUGGACAACCCCGCCAAGCCGGUCUUGGCCAUCUUGGGAGGUGCGAAGGUGAGCGACAAGAUUCAGCUGAUCAUGAAUAUGUUGGACAAGGUGAACAAGAUGAUCAUCGGCGGCGGCAUGGCCUACACCUUCUUGAAGAUCAAGGACGGCAUGUCCAUCGGAAGCUCCCUCUAUGAUGAGGAAGGUGCCAAGAUCGUCCCCGAGAUCCUGGCCAAGGCCGAAAAGCUGGGUGUGGAGAUCAUCCUCCCGGUGGAUUUCACCUGCUCCUCCAAGUUCGGCGAGGAUGGCGAGAUCAAGGAAGGCGUGGUCAAGGCGGAUGGCGUUCCAGAGGGCUUCAUGGGCUUGGACUGCGGCCCAGCAUCCAUCGAGCUGAACGCCAAGGCCGUUGCGGAGUCUAAGACGAUCAUCUGGAACGGCCCCAUGGGUGUUUUCGAGAUGGCCAAAUUCGAGACAGGCACCAAGAAGCUCAUGGACGCCGUGGUCGCCGCCACCGCCGCGGGCGUCAUCACGGUGAUCGGCGGCGGCGACACCGCGACCGCCUGCAAGAAGUACGGCACCGAGGACAAGGUGACCCAUUGCAGCACCGGUGGCGGUGCAUCCUUGGAGCUCUUGGAGGGCAAGGAGCUGCCAGGUGUUGCAGCUCUCAACGACAAGUAGACUUGAAGCUCGGCUCGGCGGGGAACGUGGGGUGCGCGAAGGAGAUGGUCCUUUCGGUUGUCCUAUAGAGAUAGAGCAUAUAGUAGCAUAGUGUUGUAUGUGGACAAGCAAUGUGUACAGCAUUCAAACAUGGACAUCCUGUGGAUGUUGAACCUUGCUUUCGAGAAGUUAGAUGUUCAAGCCCACUUCUCGAUUGGAGAAUUGAAACCCGCACUUGUGCGAGAUGCCACAUCUUUCACCCUGGGGAUGCCACAUCGUCAUCGCGGGCCGGUGAGGUUGCUUGUUCCGAGGCGAGCAGAAGCUGCCGAAUGACGCCCGCCCGAUUUUCUUCGAUUUUCACUUCAUUACAGGAAGUCCUUUUGCUUUGCAGCUCUGCAUUCCACUCUCCACGUCCUCACUACUGCC